AUGCCACAGAAUAACCCCCGCCUCCUGCAACAGGGCCAGAGCACAGAGAAGGCGUGUCAGGAAAGGAACACUGACCCUGCUGAGAUCGACAUUCGCCGGCAGUCUCAGCCUGCGCGUAAAAAUCUGCUUCGUAGCCCUCUCGUUAUCAUCGUGGUCAACGUUUACCAUAUCGGUACCGUUCGGCUAGAUCUCCUACAGGUCUCAUCCACACGCGUCUCCGACCUUCUCUACGCCGGUGUGAUCAAACUUCUAGCAGACACUGCUGCCGACAGCGUCGUGAUUCUCGUCCAACACUUGAUCAACGUCUGCCGCACCAAGUUUGCUGAGCCAGCCCGUCUACAAAACACCGUGUCCGUCUAUCAAUCCCUCGCAGUCUGCCAAGCUGCCUUCCGUCUCGGCAUUACCAAGCACACGUGCCACGUGUUCCGCAAGAUGGAAGCCUACAUCUCUGAUACCCAGCUCCCAUACCACGAGAUUGACGCCGUGAUGCACUUCGGUGCUUCGUACCUGCGUCUCUAUAACCGCAUGGCCGACCGUUUGGCAGUCUACGUGCGUGAGGAGACUGUGUCAGACCCCGGCGUGUUUACGAAGUUCUGCUUCGCGCAUCCACCUUUGAACACUGCCAUCAUCGAGGCCGCCGAUCGCCGAAAGGAGUGGCUUGCGCGUCGCGAGCAGAAGCGGAUCCAGCGCGAGCAAGACAAGCUCCGCUGGAAUGUUGAGCGCAAGAAGCACAACGCUGAGCGCCGGGCUGAGGAGGAGAAGCGUGUCGCGCAUGAGAGCGCGAUGCGUCAGGCUUGUCUGGCGAAGACACGAGCGAGCGUCAAAGACCGGGUCAUGACGGCCGAGGAGAAGAAGUGA